CUAGUUACCGAGCAGUAUUCAGAGAAGGAUGUAGCUACGUACGUUGGAGUUGCAAGUGCCUUUUUCUUAAAAGCCUCCCGUUCCCGUAGUAGAGCCGGAUCCAUUUUUAUAAAAGAAUCUCGAUUCCCAGUGUUUUAAGGUUACCAUGUGGCUUCAUAGAUGUUUUGUAUAUGCUGUCCAUCUAGUGAUAUUAGUUAGUUGUGUGGUCUCGAGCGACGAGGAGCCAGCUUGGAGAUGGUCGUGUGAUAAUGGCAAGUGCGUGAAGGUACGAAACGCAGGCGACAGCUCUGAUCCAGCGCUCAGUCUGGAAGCCUGCAAGAUGUUCUGCAACGAAUAUGGUCUCCUUUGGCCAAGACCCACGGGUGAUAUUGACCUCGGGAACUUUUUGUCCAAAAUAAACAUGGACCAUAUUAAAAUAAACACGUUGAGUCGUGGUGCGACCGAUGACCUCAUGGAAGCGGCGACAAAGAGAUUCCAAAAACAAAUCUCCCUGGCUGCACCGAAAGGGGCCACAUUGAAAUUAACUGGAAAAUCUGUGUCCAUAAAUCUUAUUAAUGAACAGCCCAAUUUGCGAGAGUUCUCUCUGGACAUGGACGAGGGUUAUGAUCUGAGGAUUGCAGCGGCCGCGAAGGACCAGAUCAACGCCACUGUCACCGCGAGAACUUUCUUCGGUCUCCGUCACGGGCUGGAAACGCUUUCUCAGCUAUUUGUCUAUGACGAUCUUAGGGACCAUAUGUUGCUCGUCCGUGACGUGAACAUCAGUGACAAGCCAGUGUACCCGUACAGAGGGAUCCUGCUGGACACAGCGAGGAACUAUUACUCAGUGGAUUCUAUCAAAAGGACUAUUGAUGCGAUGGCCCUGGUGAAACUUAAUACAUUCCAUUGGCACAUUACGGACAGCCAAAGCUUCCCCUUCGUGUCUGACAGGCGUCCCAACUUGUCCAAGCUUGGGGUUUUGAAUCCCAAGAAGGUAUACACCAAGAGGGAGAUCAGUGAAGUUGUUAAAUACGGCCUGGAGCGAGGCGUCAGGGUGUUGCCAGAGUUCGAUGCGCCUGCGCACGUCGGCGAGGGCUGGCAGGACACUAACCUUACCGUUUGCUUUAAGGCCGAGCCUUGGAAGCAUUAUUGUGUGGAGCCACCUUGCGGCCAACUGAACCCCACCAGGGAAGAAUUGUAUGACUACUUGGAGGACAUAUACACUGAUAUGGCCGACGUAUUCCAGCCGGACAUGUUCCACAUGGGCGGGGACGAGGUGAGCGAGAAGUGCUGGAACUCCUCGGAAGAGAUUCAGCAGUUCAUGGUGCAGAAUAGGUGGGACCUCGACAAGUCCUCGUUUUUGAAACUGUGGAACUAUUUCCAGACGAAGGCACAGGAGAAAGCUUAUAAGGCUUUCGGCAAGAAACUCCCGCUUAUACUGUGGACCAGUACCCUCACUGACUACGCUCACGUCGAGAAUUACUUGGACAAAGACGACUACAUUAUUCAAGUAUGGACCACAGGCGUGGAUCCCCAAAUUAAGGGUUUACUAAAGAAAGGCUACCGUUUGAUUAUGUCCAACUACGACGCCCUGUACUUCGACUGCGGGUUCGGUGCUUGGGUUGGAAGUGGUAACAACUGGUGUUCUCCAUACAUCGGAUGGCAGAAAGUGUAUGAUAACAGUCCCGCGGUUAUUGCUCUGGAACACAAGGAUCAAAUUCUUGGCGGGGAGGCAGCUCUGUGGUCGGAGCAGUCGGACAGCGCGACGCUGGACGGCCGCCUGUGGCCGCGAGCCGCCGCCCUCGCCGAGCGGCUGUGGGCCGAGCCCGCCGCCACCUGGCAGGACGCCGAGUACCGCAUGCUGCACACCAGGGAGCGUUUAAUACGCAUGGACAUUCAAGCAGAGUCCCUCCAGCCAGAAUGGUGCUACCAGAACGAAGGAUACUGUUACAACUGAUGGUCCUUUCAGCUCAGCAGUGACAACUCCCGCCGUCACACUGGGCAAACGGGGCACAGUGUUCGAUUCCCAGCGCAAGCGCCUCUUGUUGCCAUCUGUGCCAUCCUUUAUCGAAGGAAUACCGCAAUAAUGUAAAGUGCUUUUUGAAACAAAAUUAUGAGUCACUGUGAUUAAUAUAGAUCUAUAAGUUAUCUUUGUAAUUAGAUGCACUCGUUAGGAAAGUGAUUUUUAUAAUAUAUAUAUAUAUACACUAUGUUAAAUAACUUAAGGUGUUUUCGUUAAUCUCGUGUACUAUAAGCUCUAUCUAUGGUAGCAUCUAAACGUAAUCUAUACGUUUAGAUGCUACCAUAGACAAGAUUCACGUCUCAUUUUAGUUUUUAUCACCCGAUUCAUGAGUGGACUUAAUACUAAAAGUUCUAAUCAACUUAUACUACAGUAAUUCUACUGUUAGAUUAAUUUUAAUUUUUCUAAUAUUUAAAAAGAUUUCUAACAUUCAAACUUUUACGAACCAGUGAUGUAAGUUAGUUCUUAAUAUAUUUAUUAUGGUCUAACGAUAACGCCCUUGUUUAAUUAACAUACUUUAUGUUUGGUGAACCGGAGUGACAUUACAUGACAUAAAUAAUUCAAACACAGAGUAGUCAUGGUAUAAAAUGGCUACAGGAAUAUUUAGGUACCUUACGAUUAUAUAGAUAGUGUCUCUUUAGAAAUACUUCGAAAAAAGCGGGUUAAAUUUUUCAUAGUUUUGUGUGAUAAAUACAUAGUUAUAAGUGAUUCCUUUAUAACUUCUAUAUUUAUUUUGUCUUAUAAUUUCUGCAUUAUUUUAAUGCUUAGACACUCAUUUUAUUUAUUAAAUAAUCCGUCAAGAUACAUUUUAUACGUAAGUAUAUAGAACACUGAUAAAAAACGAGUCAGCUAAUUUGACAAAUAGCUGUCAAAAAGUUGAACCGUUUUUUGAGGCUGGAUGCUGUAUCUAUAUAAUCUAAGAUAGGCACUUUACUGGUUGGUUAUCAAACUUAAAUCGUCUAUUCUUUUUAAUUGGAAUUAAACACUGCCAUGUUGUAUUUAUAAUUUACUCAUGAACAAAAUUUGAGAACACCAAUUAGAAUAAGAGUAAUAAUGUAUUAAUAAGUAGUUUUUGGUCCAUGAAAAAACAUCGAUUUUAAAUUAUGGCAAACCUUGUUAUUUUGGUUUAAAAACUAAACUACUCAACCGAUUUUUAUCAAAUGUCUGUGGGACCAAUCUGAAAGUAUAUUGUUUCAGAUAAGAUUUCCCAAGUGACCUUCUUUUUUUUGGAAUCGGUUGAAAAUAGGUUUUACUAUGUGUUUGUGUUAUGUACUCCAGCUCACCAAAUUGUCAAAUAAUCGUCCCAUAUAAUUUAUUUACAAUUUGAGUCACAACUUUUUGAAUCUAUAUCACGUUCUAUUUUUUAUAGUGAUUGUAGUAGAAAUGUUUUGAAUCAAUUGUGUGUCUUUUAAUUAUGAAUAUAGAAAAUGAAAAAAAAGUGA